CACUAGUUUAAGGAAUAUUUUUAUCAAUGUCAUUAUUCCAGAGAUCUAGUUAAAUUUAAAACUCACGAUAAAUGUGCGAUAUUAUAACAUACAGUGAAUUGAAUUCAAUGUUUUAAAACACGAAAAACCACCGCCCACUUUAGAGGGCGAUGGCCUGGUGUUAGUGCGAUAUCAUAUCUGAACCUUGAGUUUAUUAUUUGUUUUCAUGUGUAUAUAAACAAUAAAUAAUAUUUAUAUCAUUAAAUUGGUUUUGCCCGAUAAAUAUAUUCAUUAUAAGUAAUUAAUUAUUUAAUUUUUAUUAUUUAUUGUAAGAAAACAUUAGUGCUCCUAUAUUUCUACAUGUAUAAUUGAAAUAGAAAAAGUUCCUAUAUUUGUUGAUGUUUUUCCACAAUAACAUUGUAAAUGGAUAGCAAUGAACCAUAGUAUAGUGAGCAAUAAAAUUGAAAUGUAAUUGCAAGGUGCUCCAAUGCUUAUUUGGUUUUGAACGACGCAUAUUGUGAUUUGAAAAGUCAAGUUGUAUAUGCCAAGAAGUUUAUAUUUUUGGUUGAAGUGAAAUGGCUAAGGUAAAUGACAUUGAUGCAGUAGAUUAAAAAGAAAGCAAUACUAAGGGAAAUGGCUUCGCCAACAAUCGCCGAAUCGAAUGAUGUUCCUAUCAUAGGCGUGUUAUCCCAAGAAACUUAUAUAGUGUCAUCGUAUUUCCCGAAUAAGACUUAUGACAGUUAUAUUGCCGCUUCUUAUGUGAAGUUUUUGGAAAGUGCCGGGGCCCGUGUUGUACCCAUUUGGAUUGGUCAGAAUGAAGAAUAUUAUCGCAGAGUCAUUCAAUACACGAACGGAAUAUUUUUUCCUGGUGGUGGAACCUAUUUCAACGAAACGGGUGGAUACGGUGAAGCCGCCACUCAGCUAUACAAAAUUGCGCUUGAACAGAACAAUAAAGGGGUUUAUUACCCAAUUUGGGCAAUAUGUCUUGGGAUGCAAGGCUUAAUGUAUGCAGCUCUUAACGGUACUAAAGAUAUUAGGGUGGCUUGCAGUUUAGUAAACGAAGCGGUUUCAUUGGAUUUUGUGGAAGAUUAUCAGAAAAGCAAAAUGUUUAGAAAUGCCCCUAAAGAAAUCACUGACAUUUUAAGUACUGAGAACGCCACUUACAAUCUACAUAGAUAUUGUCUGACGAAAGCAGUAUUAAAAGAGAACGACUUGCUGGAUUCUUGGAGGAUUGUGGCUACUAACAAGGAUAUUAAUAAUUUGGAGUUUAUUAGCGUUAUGGAGCAUAAGGAUUUUCCUUUUUAUGGUGUCCAGUUCCAUCCAGAAAAGAACCAGUUCGAGUUCAAGAAAGGAAAACAUUUUCCACAUUCAUUUAACAGUAUCAAGACCGCUCAGUAUUUCGCUAAUUUUUUCGUCAAUGAAUGCCGUAAGAACGCCAACAAGUUUCCCAAUGAAACCAUAGAAGCCGAGUCUCUGAUAUACAACUUUUCACCGAAAUACACUGGCCUAAAAAGUGGAUAUUAUGAGCAAAUUUACGUUUUCUUAAAGUCGGAUUUUGAGAGGGUACAGCUUCUGUAAACUCGAGAAAUAUGUGUCAUAUAUUAUAAAUAUUUUUUGCGUGAUAAAUCUUAUGUUGUUAGGACACCUAUCAUGUUACCCUUAACUUAAUACUAAUAAAAUAUUAUUUUUCCCAUCAA